UAUUCUAACUUUAAAUCUAAGUUUUCCCUUGCUUGGCUUGGUGUUGGUUUUGGAAAAGAUUUCCUCCGCACCGGCUAGAGUGGAUACACUUUUCAUCGAUCUCAUUGACCAUCGGCAUCAGCAUCACUCACGACACAGUGAGUCAAGUGAAACUGCGAUUUUUUAAAACUUUGGGAAGAGUUAAUGCUGGUAAAUGAAGGAAACAUCGCUUUACCAGGAAUUGCACUCAAGUGACUGGGUACAUCUUACUCGACCAGGAAGGAGAUUUAUUUAAAACAUGCUGCAAAAGGUUAUCAGUUGAAAAAUGAUUCAUAUACACCAUGUACAGAUACUGGUGCAGAACGGCACCAAGUAUGUUCAGAAAUUCACCCGGAACGUCAGCUUUCAGCUUUUCGCCGAACGCAAAACGGCCAAACUCAAGCAGUGGGUUGUGCGUAGCGGAUCUAUUGUGUUUCUGUUAACGGAGAGCAAUAACACAGUACUGAGGGAAGAGUCCACAGAGCCCAGUGAAGGUACAAGUACAUCGGGCGGUGACAUCAAACACAGGAACGCUUUGCACCAUCCUCAGGAAAAUGGAAGCACACGGGAUGUUGUUUUUUCUGAGUCAUUACCGGAUCAGUGUUUCUUAGAAUCAUCCCAAUCAAGUUCAACUGGCACAACACAGCACAACGGUCACUCUACACAAGACACUGUCUUUAACGUGGCUUUUGAAGUUUACGAUGUCCCGGGGGCAAUAUGCAAAGCUGAAGAGAAUGGUGCUGAGGUUCUGUGUCGACCGACCGUCGUAAGGGAUCCUAUCAGCGAAGGUCAUGUGACUAUCGCCGCGAUCAAAUCCUGUGUCGGAAACGUUAUACACACCUUGGUGGAUAGCUCGAGCUAUGAGGGAGUUUUCCUACCUGGUUUUAUCGCAGCUGUAAUGUCUGAAUCGGAGAAAUCAAACAGUCAACAUUCCCCGUGCCUAUUGACCCACAUUGAUCAUGUGACAUUUGCCUGUCCAAUGGGAGCUUCAAAUCUGAUACUGGAGUGGUACGAGAAGUGUUUCGGAAUGAAACGAUUUUUCCUAAUGAGAGAAGAAGACGAAUCUGAAGGUUUCAUCGUUCAAGGCGAGAAUGUUGGUCUACGCAUGAAAGCCAUGGAGUAUUGGCACUGCUCAGAAACUGGUCUUUGUCUUCCUCAAGGUCAGGGAGAUGAAAAGCGCCCUCGCUCACAUAGAUCCAAGUUUGUUCUCGCGGAGGCAUUGCCUGGGCAAGGACCAAACCAAGUGGAGACAUUCAUCAAACAGCACAACGGCGCUGGUAUCCAGCACAUUGGUUUCCAUACUGAUGAUAUACUUCAAGCAGUGGGUAGUCUUCGAGAUUCAGGUCUUUCUAUGAUAGACCCGCCGUCUGCUUAUUACUCACAGGUUGGCAAACUAGCUGAGAUCUCCCGUAUCAGGCGAGAUGUUGAGCUCCUCAAGGAGCUUGGAAUUCUUCUUGAUGAGGAGAGAUGUGAGAAUGAGGAGGAGGAGGCAUCUAUGAAGAUAGCCAGGGAGGAGCAAUUAGGACAAGAUGCAGCUAUACAAUACAAGUAUCUGAUGCAAGUGUUCACCAAGCCAAUCUUCGAGCGAGACACAUUCUUCUUGGAGAUUAUUCAAAGACAAGGAGCUACCGGUUUCGGAGCGGGAAACAUCAGUGCAUUAUGGAGAGCUGUCCAGGCUUACAUGUCUUAUGAAGAAAGAUAAGACGAGUCCUACAUAUACAGGCAGGUCACACAAGCUUUUCUUCAAGAAUGUAAGUUGUUCAAAACAAAAUUGUCUUUAUGAUGAUCUUCCCGUCACGGGAACUCGACAAACUCCAACAAGGGGAUAUAAAC